AUGGGUGUCCAUAGCUACCCUCCCGAACAUCGCCUUCACGACGUUCCUGUCUACAGAUAUUCUCGUAACUAUCGUCCGAGAACAACAGCCUCUUAUGAUUAUCCGUCCUAUGAUCUCCCUGAGGACGGAGGCGUGUACAGUUAUCCUCCAGAAUAUCCCGAAGAAGAAGAAGCAGCCCAUCCAGCUCCUGAAAAGCACCGCAGUGAUGGGUGGUCCAAAACACUUUCAAGCCCAGAAGGUGCGAACAGUGCGACACAAGUGACUGUAAAUGCAUCAGCUACAAUGCAGAACACUACAGUCGUCGGUGAACCUGUCCAGGGAUCAAGGCAUCCUAGCCAUGCACUCGAGAACGCAUCAUCUCACGAACCAGCAGUACCUCCUAAACAUCGCAAUGAUGGAUGGUCGCGACCAACUUCACACUCACACACAAACGUACAGCAAACUGUCGCUAUUGUGCUACCACAAGUCCUCUGCUUCCAGCAGCGAGCAAUUCAGCCCACAAUUUCGGAAGUUUGCCGUCUCCUCUCAACUACAUCACCCUUCUUCUCACCAAUCGAAUCGAUUAUCAUAUACAUUCAAUACACCACAUGGAACGGUUUUCUUUGA